CACAUUCGAUUCACAGUCUAUAUAUCUUCUUCUUCUAUGCCUCUAGCGUUUUCCUCACAUGGCCGGUCUAUACUCCUCCUCCAAGCCCACUGUGUCUUCUUCUUCUUCUUCAACAUCAUCAUCAUCUUCCUCGCGUCUUUUCUUGCUCGUAACCCUUCUUCCUCUCUCUCUCGCCUGUUUCGCUUUCGUUCUCCAAUGGCGUGGCGGACUCGACGACCCGGUUACGCAUUGGUCAAUAGAUCAUCACGAGUUUCCCGGAAUGGUUACAACCCAAGAGAAACGGUCCUUGCGUCGUUCAGUUUCUGAUUCGGGUUGCGUUGAUCUUCUAGGUCAGAGUCGUUCCCCUUCGUUUCCUUAUUUCCGGAAUUGGAAAUUUGAUUACGACUCCGAUCUGAAACCUAGGAUAUGCAUUACAACAAGCACUUCUGCUGGCUUAGAGCAAACAUUGCCAUGGAUUUACUUUCACAAAGUUAUUGGAGUUUCAACAUUUUAUCUAUUUGUUGAGGGGAAGGCUGCAUCUCCAAAUGUAUCUCGAGUUUUGGAGACCAUCCCUGGUGUAAAAGUUAUACACAGGACAAAAGAGUUGGAAGAAAAACAGGCUAAAAGCCGGAUUUGGAAUGAGACUUGGCUGUCGAGCUUCUUCUACAAACCGUGUAACUAUGAAUUAUUCGUGAAACAGUCCUUGAACAUGGAAAUGGCAAUCACCAUGGCUCAGGACGCUGGUAUGGAAUGGAUAAUUCAUCUUGACACCGAUGAGCUUAUACAUCCUUCUGGAACCCAUGAAUAUUCUUUACGGAAGUUGCUGGGAAAUAUUUCUGCAGACGUGGAUAUAGUUAUCUUUCCAAAUUAUGAGAGCAGCGUUGAGCGAGAUGAUAUCAGGGAACCUUUUAGCGAGGUAUCAAUGUUCAAGAAGAAUUAUGACCAUCUUCUGAGAGAUGUCUACUUUGGAAACUAUAAAGACGCCACUCGUGGAAAUCCAAACUAUUUCUUAACCUAUGGAAAUGGGAAAGCUGCUGCCCGUGUUCAGGACCAUCUUCGUCCCAAUGGUGCUCAUCGAUGGCACAACUACAGAAAGAGUCCAAAUGAGGUCAAACUAGAAGAAGCUGCCGUGCUGCACUACACUUAUCCCAGAUUUUCAGAUCUUACUUCAAGACGUGAUCGUUGUGGCUGUAAGCCCACUAAAGUGGAUGUCAAGAGAUGUUUCAUGCUGGAGUUUGACAGAGCUGCAUUUAUUAUUGCUUCAACCGCGAGUUCAGAGGAAAUGCUUCAAUGGUACAGAGAGCAUGUUGUGUGGACAGAUGAAAAAUUGAAGUUGAAACUCCUUAGGAAGGGAAUUCUGACCCGCAUUUAUGCUCCCAUGGUUAUAAUCCAAGAGCUAAGAGAAGCUGGUGUUUUUAGCUCUGUGGUAAUCGCAGCUCACAUGUCUCUCUCGAAGAACUCUUCAACUGCUGAUUCGACAUCAGGCAUUACCCGAGAAUCAUCUGAGGCAACUGGUAGGAGGAGGGUGUUGGAAUUCCAUCUUGAUUUUGACGGUAAAUCUCAAGCAUCAGCGGUACCACCACAAUCGCCUCCAGGCUUGGAAGCAACCCAGAUGGAACAAUAAUCUGAAAUCUGAAAAGUGAUUACAAAGAGUGGGAUUUUUUAGAAAGAUCUUUAACAGUUUUUGAACCUGGGUGUACAUUUAGGAAAGUUUUCGUUUAGGUUAUACACACAGAUGAUUCUACAGGUGAAGAGGAAUGUCAUAUAGCAGGCUUGUAUCAUACUUGAUCAUGUUGAUGAUUCUAUAACUUCAAAUACAAAAUCAUUGUCUUCCUGAUCUGACUAUUAGUUUCCUUUUGUGCUCCUUUAACUUCAUAUGAACAUGUGGAUCCUCAGCGUUACACACUUGUGUUUCUCUUUCCUCUCGCUCUGUUUUGCUAGGUCCUUAUCGAUGAGCAAGGGUUUGCAAUUACGUUUCCAGAACUCCUGUCAUCAAGUAUCAACUUAUCUCUAACUUCCAUUAUUCAGAUUUAUGGUUUUCCUGAAAUGUGAAGAUUGGUUUCUCAACAUCUUUAGCUUCUUAUGGGUUCAGACUUCCGAGUCACUCAGCUGAUUUUUCGAAUCCCAGUGUUUACAGCUUAAUGUUUCACACUGAGAACAGGCACUGAAAAGAACUGAUAAGGUUGUGGACCUUGUGGUUGAUAAGUUUCAUUAUAUCUUAAUGUUAUUUUAGAGAUAAUGAUGUUUCAGACUAGCUAGUUACUGGAGAAUAAAAUGUCAUUAGCUUG